UCUGUUGAGCUCUGUGGGGAAGGAUUUUCAUAUCGGACUCGGUAGCUGCUUACAUUUCUCUGAAUAGGAACUACACUGCAGGUGGAGGGAUGAGUCUCUCCCCUGUUAUUGGCACAGAAGUGCCAGAAACAGCUAACGGAGUUGUGACACCCGUCCCUUCAGAGAACGGCCCUCAUGUUCCAGUCUCGGUGAAACGUGGGGGAAGCAGAGUGUCCUGUCCUGGGGAGGAAUGUGAAGACAGAGCCCUUGAACACACAGAGAACCACGUAGAUGUGGAAAACAGAGUUUACGAUGGGGAAGGCCGCUUGGAGACAGAGACAUACAAUAAUGAGAGAACAUCUAGUUUAUCAUCACACACCUCUCAUGUGACAGACCCCUCCCUCCCUGCUGCUACAUGCACAGGAGACACAGAAUCAGGCUCUAAAGACACAGACAUUCCUGAGGCCUCUAACACUGUUGAGCCUCCUGGUGCAGCUCUGCUGUGGGGCUCUGCACAGCAAGCACACUCCAAAGACUCAUCUCAGCGAGGAGGCCCUCCCACCACAUACAGACAGCAGACGGAGGCAGAGACUGUAGAUGGAGGCACUGAUAGCCAAGAGGAAGAGGAGGAGGAGGAGGACGAGGAAGAUGGAGAGAAAGAAAAACAGGAUGAGGAGGACGAUGAGAAGAAUGAAAAAAAGUGGAUUCAUCAGCGUGCAGGAGGGAGAAAAGAGGUGGAGUCUUCGCGACACUACUCCUCAUCAGCCCCCGGUCCCAGCACCACAUCCUCUUCCUCUCCUCCACCUCCUCUUCUGCCCUCAGACGACGUCCCCUGCCCUCCCCACGUCAUGGCCCAGGUCUGGGUUCGCAACGUCCGGGGGAUGCAGGACAGCAAGAGCCUGGAUGAAAUCAGCCAAGCAUGUGGAGGUGGUUCGGGGGCCCGGGGAGGAGGCAGAGGUGGCCAGUCAGAGGGCCGACGGGCCACAAUCUCCUCAGCUCUGGAGCUCGAAGGGACGGUCAGCCAUGAAGGAGACCUGACUCACUUCAUCACCAAGAACCUGGAGCAGAAAAUCAAGAUGAGCUCUAAGCCUAGUCUGGACUGCAGUGACUCGGACUGUUCAGGUCCCAUCUACCGGAGCCGGGGGUUGUCACGGCGACCAGCAGAUAUCCCUCCCAUUGAUCCCGCUGUCCUGUUGGAUCUUCAGAAACACACCCAGGAAGUGGCGCACAGUGUGGAGAUGAUGAUGCGGAGCCUCAAUGGAACCAUCCAGAAUAUGACAGCUCUGAGUGUGGGCUACAUCCAGACCUACAGAGACUCAGUUGACAGCCUGGGAGAGUCUGUGGACAUGAGUAUAAAGGGCAUGUACACACUGAUGGCUCGCUGCGAGGAGCUGGAUCGUUCCAUGCAGCCCAUACACACCCUGGCUGCUCAGAUACGUGACAUCAAACGCACCCUGGAUGCCCUGGAGGCGAUCUGCAAGUAACGCCACCUGUCUGGUAUGAAUACACAUCUCAGCUGCAAAGAUCCAAUAUCAAGCACAUCCUGAUAAAGGCUGUCUGCAAGUAAACCCGCCUGUCUGCAGGUAGCACACACACACUGCAGCGAAGAUUAAGUGCACCUCUGGAUUCCUGGACCAUUGCUACUAGGCAUGCUGGAUGAUUGGCGCUCAUAGUCCCUCUGCUUGUUCAUCACUUGAGGAUGACCACGUUUGUGUUGUGAGAUUUCAGUUGAAUUGGGCUUAAUUUGCUCUCGGAGCUGAGCUUUCUCUUCCUUUGUUUUUUUUGUUUUUUGAAGAAAUUCCUCUAAUGAAGUUGUCAUGAAACUAAAUCUCACAAAUGAACCUGUUUUGGAGACACUUGGUCGAGUGCCCUGCACACACACACACACACACACACACACACACACACACACACACACACACACACAACCAGACAGACACGCAUACAAACAGACAUGCAUACAAACAUAUCCAUGAAGAGGUGUGGGUAGAUGCCCUUCCUCCAUGAUACAGUCUAAGGAGGAAUGGUGUGUUGUUAUCCGUCCAGCCCGCUUGGUUCAGAUUGCACUAACCUUUCCCCCCCACGUGGGGGCGAUGUUUCUCUCUCUUUCUCUCUGUGUCUCUCGCUCAUGGAGAGGCAAGUAUAAACUGCUCAGAAAGACAGUGACUUUUGCACAGGAACAGAAAGUCUAUUUUUUAAUCUUAUGCAACAAAGAUCAGAUUCUUUCACUGCAGGCUAAAUGAAAGGAGGGGAACAUCAUGUCUGUCUUUUUUUUAUGUUAAUUUAUUCCGUUUCAGCAUGGUUGCAUUUACAACUACACUGCUCCUCUCUGUGUCACUGGGAACUGACCACUGAACAGCCCCACCGGAGCAUUUGGAGUUUAAGCUCAAAUGCUUGAGGGCAGUUGUCGAAGGCAAUGAGUGUUUCACUUUUUCUACUCAGAUUCUCUCAGACUGUUCAUCAAUUCCAAACUGGCAACCUUUAAAUCACAGGUCUGUUUCUCUCAUUUAAAGGUACCACCAGCCAUGCGUCAUUAGGUCUAAAAUCCCACUUUCCUGUCAGUGCAAUCCAAGAUGUUAAUUCAAGAACAUAACUGGGGGGAAAAAAUCUUACACAGUGGCUUAAAAUAUUUGAAAAGCUAAAUGUCAUUAAAAGUGAGAACACUUAAUGCAAGACAGACGGACAGAUUAAACCAAACCACUGAAAACUUUUAAUUGCGAGGCAUUCAAGUAGUAAUAAACUGAGUCAUGAGUGUCAUUGAUUGGAUAGUGUUUUUUCAGUUUUGAUUCAGCCAAUUUAAAGAAAUUAUGUAUGUUUUAGAACAGCUCAACUUAAAACAACUUAUUAAAUGUUUUGGAAAAAAAGUUAUUCAUCUUUGGCUAGAUUCAUAUUUGAAUGGGGGGGGAAUCCUGUAAAUGAAAUUUAAAAUCAGUUAAAGUUAGUUUCUGAUUGUACUGAACAGUCACAGACAGUUUUCUUUUGUUUUCUUCAACAUUAAAAAGAAGAAUUUAAAUCUGAGAAACAGCGCUGGACGGAGUGGGGACACAGCCUUCGAAUGUAAACUAACAUGGACCAUCACAUUUGAUUGCUUACAAAGUGAGUAUUUAUGAAUUUAAUCAACAAUAAAAGCCACUCAAGACUGCAGCGUCACUUGGCUGUUACUUUACCAACCUACAGCCAUUUGCUCUCAUGGAGCAUUAUAUUUAAUUUAUUGAAGAGUCUAUGGCACUUCUGUCAUUGCACUGGUGGCUAGCCUUGUAGUAGGUCUUUGUACAUGUACUAGAUUUUCAUACUUUUACUCGUACGUAUACCUAUUACUGAUGGCAGGCAGUAUGUAAUUUGGCUUCAGUAGUCUUGCUGUUGAAGGCUUUCUUGGACUUGUCCGACACUCUUUUUCCAAACUAUCUACUGAAAUGGAUUUUGGGAUAUUUCAUUAUCAGAGCAAUACUGCAAGCAAAGUAAGUACACAGUUUAAUCUUGGCUCUGCAUUGUCUGAACUUGUGUGUUUUCACCACUAUGUGAAAAGUUCAUGUUAUUGGCUUCACAAAAAGCUCGGAUUGCAUUCAAUGUAAUAUCUGCACAUGUGUCUCUUUGUCACUUUCCUCGACCUUGUUAUCAGAAGUUUGUGAAAAUUGGAAUAGGAAGCAUCGUUAAAAAGCUCAUAUUACAGAACUAAUGAUCCUGGUUCCCUGUGAUGAUACUGAAAUUUACUCAAACAUGUCCAUGGUUGUAAAGAUGUGAAUGUUCUUUGCAGAUGAAGCUAAAAAUGUCCGGAGAGAGGACAUUUGGGAGUCUUAGUAGAUUUUUAAGGUGAAAAAAGGAUCCUUCAGAUGGGAGAUAUGAGAGAAAAUGUCAUUUUCUUGUUCAUAAUAGAAAUUAAUGAUUAAUUAAUUUUCUGUUGUACAAUCAGAUGCACCUGUGUACAUAUGAUCUCUUUCUGUAACUAAAAAAAUGAUUUAGAUACCCUUCGUCUUGAGUGUAUAUUUUAAUGAAAAAUAACAAAUAAAUUUACAUGAGCUGCAAAAACAAA